AUGGUCAUGGAUAGCUUCCAAGAUCGGUCACCACAACCUAUCACAAAGCCAUGGAGUACCCUCCACGACCACAAACAAAAGAACGAAGAGAGAGCCAGAGGGAGACGAAGAAGAAGCCAUGAUUGGGCGUUGUCUCUCGUCGUAUGCAUCACGAACCACCACGAAAACACCCGACCACGAAUGGUCGGGGUAGUGUGCACGAAAAACGCUCAUUUUUUUGUUGAUUUCAUAGUCUCGAUCGCCAUGGCCAAAAGUUCAUUCAAAUUGGAACAUCCUCUUGAGAGGCGCCAAGCUGAAGCUGCUCGUAUUAGGGAAAAGUAUCCUGACAGAAUUCCGGUUAUUGUAGAGAAGGCUGAACGAAGCGACAUACCAGACAUUGACAAGAAAAAGUAUCUUGUUCCUGCUGAUCUCACAGUGGGGCAGUUUGUGUAUGUGGUUAGAAAGAGGAUCAAGCUGAGUGCUGAGAAGGCCAUCUUUAUCUUUGUGAAGAACAUUCUGCCUCCUACUGCUGCAAUGAUGUCUGCAAUCUAUGAAGAAAACAAAGAUGAGGAUGGAUUCCUGUACAUGACAUACAGUGGGGAGAACACGUUUGGAUUGGUCUGAAGCUGUUAAGUGGUUCUGAAUGUAAAUACGAAGAAGGUGAUGGAUGAAUGUGUACAUUCUUUUAUCAAUGGUGCAUGCUCUGUUUGAUUUCAUAUCUUACUCUCUCUUAGUGACUCUAAUCUUGUGAACGAGAUCCAAAUAGUAUAUAAGACAAUGAAUGGUAUCUGCAUGGAAUCAAGUUGAGAAGUUUAAUAUGUGUUUGAAGCUUCUAUAUUUUCCUGCCGUUUUAGAUUUGUUUGAUAUGGUGUUAAUAUAAAAUUACAAGCCAAUCGUGUUAUUAAUUUUUUUUUUUUUGAUAUUAUAAAAACCAUGUCUAAAAAGUUUGUGUUUGAAGCUUCUAUAUAAAGAAAAAAUAAUUAAAAUAAGAGAG